GGUUGGAGAGAGAGAGAGAGAGAGAGAGAGAGAGAGAGAGGUUUUCAAAGUUGAGUCUUCAUUCAACAAAGGUGAAAUCCUCUUUUCAACUUGAAGAUUAAAGGUGAUUCAAUGAAGGCAAUUUGAAAGAAAACAUUAGGGGAAGAAAUUAAAGAUCAAGAAAGAACUAAAGAAGAACAAUGACUACCCAAAAACAAGUAUUAGAACAACAACAAUCUCAAGUGCAAAGAUUGAAGAAUCCAGGUAUGAUUGGUGCUGAUGAAAGUCCGGUAAAGGACGACAAAGAAGAAGAAAUGACAAGGUCAGCACUCGCUAUGUUUCGAGCCAAAGAAGAAGAGAUUGAGAGGAAGAAAAUGGAGGUUAGAGACCGAGUUCAGGCUCAGUUAGGUCGUGUCGAAGAAGAAACAAAACGCUUAGCCGAGAUACGAGAAGAGCUCGAAGCUCUCACAGAUCCAGUGAGGAAGGAAGUUUCGGUAGUUCGAAAAAAGAUCGAUACAGUUAAUCGGGAGUUGAAGCCGCUUGGCCAGAACUGCCAGAAGAAGGAGAGAGAAUAUAAAGAAGCACUUGAAGCUUUUAAUGAGAAGAACAAGGAAAAAGCUCAGCUAGUUUCCAAAUUAAUGGAGACUGCUUGUCAGCUGGUGAGUGAAAGUGAGAAACAGAGGUUGAAGAAGCUGGAGGAAUUAAGCAAAACUAUUGAGACUCUUCGCUAAUUAAAUUGAAUUAUUAAUAACAAUUUAUAACCAGUUGUUUGAUAUAUGUUUGAUGUAAUUAGAAUAUUCAUUAUGUCCUUGUAUUUGAUUUAUAACUUUAAUUUGCAUUCUAUCUGCAUUAUUUUUUUCUCA